AAUAACAUACACAUGUGUGCGAUGAAAAGUGUUUUUACUCAUUUAAACUUUCUGGUUUUUUUUAACAAUCUUAUAAGAAUUUAACAACGUUGAUAUUUCCCUUCCUCCCGGUUGCUCCUCAGAAUGGUAUAGUCCGAUGGACCUGCUCAGGAAGAGGCUGCGGGUCAGGAGGACGACGUUUGUUGCUUAUUUUCGGCUAUUUUCCACAUUUUUCGUGCUAAUGUGUGCGGCGAUUUGGUAGUUUGCUCUCAGCUUUAUCUUUUUCCGCCUCCCCGCAUAGGGUUGUCAUUACUGAAGAUUUUAUGAGUCUAUCUGUGAUGCUGAAAAUGACGGCUGGGCGUGUUUACGUCCGCUAACCAAAUUUGGAUGUUUGUGGGUGAUCGCAGCAGCUUUACAGAGGUCACUUCUCCAUCAUUGCGUUCCGCCUCGUCCGGUUCUGUUGCCAGUCAGCUCAGCGGCCGCUCAAUGCCUAACACCUCAGAGGGUCAGGGAACAAACCUGUCUGGGUCUGUGGAGCCAUCAGGGCUGCAGCGGACCGCAGACAGGGAGGAGGAGCACAGCCUGAUUCGGUCCCUGGCCCGGGAUGCCGCGAGGGUGAGGCGGGCUUCUAGUGCUGAGCUCCACCUGCCGUGGACCUGCCCGGUCACGCACUCCCGUGAGAAGUUCUACACAGUCUGCUCUGAUUAUGCCCUCUUAAACCAGGCUGCCUCCGUGUACUGCCCCCCAAACGCAGGCAGGGACGCGCUCUCGAAGAAGCAGGAUGACAGAUCCCCACGUGUAAAGCCCAAACCCUCCACAGAGCUCAGUGCCGCACACACUGGAGGUUCCCAUGGGGGGGCAGGCGAGGACUGUGACAUGGAGGACGUGUCCACGCCUAUUUUGGCCUGGGAGAUUGACACGGCAGACUUCAACACUGCAUAUACAAGGAAAAUAAGAGCAAGCAAUGGUAAGAAAUGCGGCGCUAAGAAGAUGAAGUCAUCCGACAGACCCAGCAGGAACCUGCAAGAUGUCCCUCCUCACGCCUCACUGGAGGAGAUCAAACAGAGGAAAGUGCUCGACCUCAGAAGAUGGUACUGCAUCAGUCGGCCACAGUAUAAGACGUCUUGUGGGAUCUCCUCGCUGGUUUCCUGCUGGAACUUCCUGUACAGCACGCUUGGCGCAGGAAAUCUGCCACCCAUCUCUCAGGAGGAAGCUCUGCAUAUUCUGGGGUUUCAGCCGCCGUUUGAAGAAAUCAAGUUUGGUCCUUUCACCGGCAACGCUACACUGAUGCGGUGGUUCAGACAAAUCAACGACAACUUCCGAGUGCGAGGUUGCUCCUAUAUUCUGUACAAACCACACGGAAAGCACAAGACAGCAGGAGAAACAGCUGAAGGAGCUCUGAUGAAACUGACACAAGGCCUGAAGGACGAGUCCAUGGCCUACAUUUACCACUGUCAGAACCACUACUUUUGCCCCGUGGGGUUCGAAGCCACGCCGCUCAAAGCAGCAAAGGCGUACAGGUAACGCCACGUCACAGCAGUUAGAACUGCUCGUUUAGAUCAGUGCUCACUAAAAGCUGUGUUUUGAGAUUUUUCUGCUAGCCCCUGCACGAAAUAUAAUGAAUGAGGUUUCGGUUUACUGCAUUGAUCCACAUUGAAGGCUCAUUUUAUUUUAUGUCGAUAUUUACUUGAUGAUGCUCGUUCAUUUUUUUUUAAAACUUUUUUUUAAACUUUUUA